AUGAAGGCCUCUACUAUCAUCAUGCUCCUCUCACUCGGCGCCCGAGUAAUAGCAACCGCGAGCUGUAAAUGCAGUGGAAGUGGAGCGGAUGUGGACGAGCAUACCAAAGAGUGUUGCGGACGGUACCCUCCAUUCUGCGAAGCAAGCUACUCAGACUCGACCAAGAAAGGAAACUCGGGAGCAUCACGUUUCGGAAUUGGCAAAUUGUUUUGCAAAGGGAACACUGACCUUGAACUGAGAGGCGCUUGUCCUAUGCUGGCUUCACAUCCGGGGUUCACGUUACCUUUGCCAAUGACUCGAAUUGCGCCGUCCCUGCGGGAGGUGUCGACGCUGAACGAAAGCAAUGUGUACCGAUUGGGGACUUUGACUGGAAAUUGCCCUAACAGUAAUCCGACAAUGUUGGAGUAUUACACGGACCCUGGUUGCAAGAACAGAGCUGGUGGCUACGCUUUCAAGGAUCACCAAGACCGUCUUCGCACGCCACCCCAGCAUGGUGGUUCAGUGAAGGUGACGUGCCUCUGGUAA